UGUCUCUUUAAGAAUUCAACUCGUUUAUUUCCUGGGGACAAUUUCUUACCUACAGUGACUGCUAGAUUUGAUAUUCUAUAAAUACUCAUGUAAUUAAUAGUAAGAAACAAUAGUCUCUCCUACUUCCAAUAAAACGUGCAUUCGAAUACAUCAAAGGCAUCUACCUGAACGAGAGCAGUGACAGCCUUCGACUAUGUACACAGUAAUAGUAGUAUAUGUCUUAUAUACAAGCACUCGCCGUGACCGGGGAAGAUUCACAAAGGCCGAGUGAACUGAGUGUGUGAGUGAGAGAGAGCUGGGAGGCGUAAACUGGUUCUAGGGGAGUGUGGACUCAUUUGUGGAACCAGCGUGGACAACACUGACCUUCCAUCAUGUCUGGGGACUACAGCAUCUACACUGGACAGAAGAAGACCUUCACUAUCCCCGACUAUGUCCUUUUCAGUCUUACUUUGGCCAUAUCGGCCGGGAUCGGACUCUUCUAUGCCAUCAAAGACAGAAACAAAGUUAACUCUAAGGAUUACCUUUUGGGAGGGAAAGAUAUGAAUAUCCUUCCAGUGGCGAUGUCCCUCUUGGUGACGUUUUUGUCAGCACUGACGCUGCUCGGAACGCCGGCUGAGAUGUACAACUUCUCGACGAUGUUUUGGUGGUUAUGCCUUGCAUUUGUUUUUGCAAUGGUCAUAUCCUCAGUAGUAUUCAUUCCAUUCUUCUAUAAUCUCAAUGUGACAAGUGUAUUUCAGUAUCUAGAGCUGCGCUUUAGCAAGCCUGUCCGUGUUCUCGCCUCCCUGAUCUACAUUCUGCAAACAAGUGCAUAUAUGUCGUUCGUCCUCUACGCUCCUUCCCUGGCUCUUAAUGCGGUGACUGGACUUGAUCUAUGGGGAUCUCUGAUUGCUGUUGGAAUCAUUGUGACACUGUAUACAGCUCUGGGGGGAAUGAAGGCUGUGUUGUGGACUGACACCUUCCAGGCUUUUGUCAUUUUGGCAGGGCUGUUGGCGGUUCUCAUCCAGGGUUCCAUCGUCAUGGGUGGCUUCCAGAACGCCUGGGACAUCGCCGGGAACAGAUCAAGGAUCUACUUCCACGACUUCAGCUUUGACCCCACUACCCGCCACUCCUUCUGGUCGAUUGUAGUUGGAGGAGCCUUCUUCUGGACGUCACUGUACGGAGUUAACCAGGCUCAGGUCCAGAGAACAAUGUCUUGUCCAUCUAUAUCUAAAGCCAGACUGACACUCCUCGUAAACCUGCCUGGCCUCAUCCUCAUCGUCAGCCUUUGCUGCAUGAUCGGCAUCGUCAUGUACGCCUUCUACGCCGACUGUCACCCCAUCAAGUUCAACAACCUUAUCAGCAAAACAGACCAGCUCCUGCCCUUGUAUGUGAUGGAUAUCUUAGGCCAUAUUCCCGGAAUACCAGGAGUGUUUGUGUCAUGUAUCUUCAGCGGAAGUUUGAGCACCCUAUCCUCAUCCCUGAAUGCCCUUGGAGCUGUCAUCCCUUGCGACCUCAUCAAACCCUACUUCUGUCCGAACCUUUCUGACAGGUCCAUGACAAUUCUUUCGAAGGUGAUAGUUGUCAUUUUCGGGGGAGUUGCCAUCGGCCUUGCUGUCCUUGUGUCUCAACUUGGGUCUGUGCUGCAGGCUUCCUACAGCGUGUACAGUGUCAUCAAUGGCCCGUUGUUCGGGUUGUUUAUUCUUGGCAUGUUCUUCCCCUGGGCAAACGCAUGGGGAGCAUUUGUUGGUGCUGUGACCUCCUUAGCCUUCAUGUGCUGGAUCGGAUUCGGUGCAUUCGCGAACAAGGUUUCCACGGCCAAACCUUCUCCUGUCUUUACUCACGGCUGCAACUGGUCCGUCACAACGACAGCAAUGACUGUCACGACAACGCUAGGGACUGCAACGCCGUUUACAGGCUCCACCGAGAUGACAACGGUUGCGGCGUCAAGUGAUCCGUUCAUACCGAUGUACAAGCUGUCCUAUCUCUUCUACACGCCGACGGCGAUGGCAGUGCUCGUCAUUGUGGGAAUGUUCGUCAGCCUCAUCACUGGUUUGCGACGCCCGGACAGUAUUGACCCUCGCCUUAUCUGCCCCCUGUUUGACCGCCUCUUCCCCUGCAUGCCGGAGAUGAUACUCAGACCUCUCAGAUGUGGAGUCAACCACAACGGGAAGUACAGAAAACAGGCUUAUGAACAAGCUGACGAAUUGCCAGAGAAGAUUCAGCCCGCCGAUGUUAAUGGCGUUGAGACGAAGUCGUCCCCUGACGUCGAAGUAGGCGCGAUCAAUCCAGGAUUCGAUCCGGUGGACGAGGAAACAUCGACGCCGGAAGAAUUUGUCACGCAUCUGUAGAAUGUAUCUUGAAUUUGUUUUUAAAAAUAUAUCCAAAUUUCAUUUUUAUUGUAAAACAGAAUAUUUGGGUCUUUGUGAACGCCGAUUCCCAAUUUUUGACAUCCAUGGAUACAUUCUUGCGGUGGCAGCCUGUACUGAAUGACAAACAUCUUUAUGAACACUAUACCUCUUGAUAUUCGCUAUUUUAAAUACACACUAUUGGAUUGUAACAUUUAUGUUGUACAUCUAAGCACUGUUUCAUGUUUCUGUCUUCAGUUUAACGUUGGUACUUAACAACAAGUUUAUAUUUAAUUUCAUGCCAAUAAUUAUUGUCACCACUGAACAAAGAUGAUUAUAUUUAUGAAGAGACAAUAGUUAUUUCAUAUAGCAUGGAUAUUUAUGAUGAAAAUGUAUCUAGAUUUCAAAUUCAACAGUUUGCAGGUAUUUACAGUGUGUUAUUUAACAAUUGUGUCGUUUAUGACGUAAGUCAUGCUUGGAGCAGGAUAAGCUUACCUUCUGGCGAGCACCUGGUGUCAUUACUAUUCGAUAGUGAUUCAUCAACACAAGGCUAUCAUAUAGUCGAAAUCAGUCGAUGCAACUUAGAGCUUUUAUUUAGUUAUCGCAUGUAUUCUGCCGUUCUAAUUUAAGGUAAGAAUAAAUACAUUAAAUACUGUAUUAUUUAAAAAAUAGUGCCCUAAAUUAGACCAUCAAGAGUUUGUGCACGUUUUAAAACAUUUCUUAUUGCUGUAUUCUGCUGAAAUAUUAAUGCAUUGCCAUAUAUAUGUUUACCAAAGUUGUUAUGAAAUCAUGUUUCUCUUGAAGGUUUAUUUAGAUUUUUGUAUCAUUUGAAGGCUUUCUAAGUAUGGACAAUUGUUAAAUAUUUUUCUAUACUAUGUUUUAUCUUGUAAAUUGAUUUUUCUGUACCUAGCAUAUGUUUUUAAAGUUGUUUUUGUAGUCCUGUUACUAAUUUAAAUUUUCUAUUAUUGAAAUUAAAAUUUUAUAUAUAA